CUAUAGUGACGUGUAACUGAGCAUGUAACCAGGAAGAGCUUGCCCAAGUUUCAAGAUGCUAGCAGGAGAUACCAACGAUGAAGACGUGUCGCUGUUUGACGCUGAAGAUGAUGCAGGGAAAAGGUCGAAGAAGUCGGCCGUUAAGCAUCCGGUAGCGGCCUUCUUCCACCUCUUCUUCAGAGUCAUCGCCAUCAUCGUGUACCUGCUCUCUGAGAUUGUCGGCGGGAGCUUCAUCGCCUGCAUGGUCACAAUAAUCCUUCUGCUCUCAUGUGAUUUCUGGACAGUAAAGCCAAAGCUCCGAGGAACACCGGACCAGAACAUCACUGGGAGGCUGAUGGUUGGUCUGCGGUGGUGGAACCAGGUGGAUGAUGAUGGACGAAGCCACUGGGUGUUUGAGUCGAGGAAGGGUGCAGGGAAGCAGCAAGCAUCAGAUUCAGAGUCCAGAAUCUUCUGGCUUGGACUGAUCGUGUGCCCCGUCCUCUGGGCCAUCUUUGUCUUUAGCACCCUGUUUUCAUUCAAGAUUAAAUGGAUGCCCGUUGUGAUCAUGGGGGUCGUGCUGCAAGGGGCCAACCUGUACGGAUAUGUGAGGUGCAAAGUGGGAGGAAAGACCAGCUUAAAGAACAUGGCUACAAGCUAUUUUGGACGACAGUUCCUCAAACAGACGCUGUCAAAAGAAGAGGAAUCGUAGAGUGCAGCUCUGCGAUGUUAACACAUCUGCAUUAUUCUCAAUGCUCUGAUAUAUAAACGUUCUUUUUUAAGUGGAAACGGGCAGGAAAGCGUUCUCAAAAAGAACCGAAAAGGGCAAUUUGAAAAGACUGUUUUAUUUUUCUUUAACUGACUGAGCAGACUCGUCUUUAUCUUCCACACAGAGGUCUGUUUUCACCACCUGAAGCAAAGCAAUAAUCCCUCUGAGUGUGAAAAGGUUGAUGUGUUGGGGUGACUGUAGUUUGUGCCGUAGUUUCACAGCUCUAUCAGAUUUCUACUCCAGUUUUCCAUUGUCUCUAAUAACUUUACAAAAUAACAGUAAUGAGAAGACUGAGAAGUGUAACAGGAGAGUUGUAAAUAUGUAAGAACAGAUCGUGUGAAGCAUCUUCUUUUGUGCAAAUACAUUUGUAACAUUUUU